GUGAAGUAACGAGUGCCAUCCAUCUGCCAUCAUCCCUCCUUAUCAAAACCACUGAGUCACAUCACAACAACCCGCUCUCUCUCCAGUUUCUCUCUCUAGAAGAGAAACCUGCAGCAGCAACAUACAUGCUGCUCUAAAUAAACAUCAUCUUGUUCACUCAAUCCAAAACCCUAACCCUAAUAAAUAACCAAUUUCAAACCAAAAUGUCUCACACAGUGUUUCAAACAGCUCAAAUUAUGCCGAUAAACACACAUCAUGUAGCCACCACAAAAAUCUUAUCAUCGGCGCCGGUGAAUCCUCUGCUGCCGCUCUCCGGCCACCGUGUUGUUCCGCCGUGUCGGAAGGGUUUGGUGGUGAGGAAUUCGUCGGCGAUUGUUGACGGAGAUGCCGUGGCGGGGCUUGAACGGUGUUUCCGGAUGACUCCGGCGGAGUGUCCGGCGGCGCAUGGGCCGGUUAUGAAGGGUCAGUAUGGUGCGUUUGGUGCGGUGACUUUGGAGAAAUCGAAACUUGAUAUGACUCAGAAACAAACAAAGUCUAGUCCUGAGCUGGCAAUUGGAGGAGGUGGCGGCAAUAUCGGGAAGAGCAUAAAUUUUGGUGGCGGUGAUGGAGGCGAUGAUGAUGGUGAUGACGAUGAUUACUUUGAUGAAUUUGAUGAUGGUGAUGAGGGGGAUGACGGUGGACUCUUCAGGAGGCGGAUUAUUUUCCCAGAGUUAUUUGAUCGGAAAUUUCUUGAGGCUGUAUUGAAUGAGUGGCAAAAGACAAUGAUGGAUUUGCCAUCUGGACUCCGACAAGCCUAUGAAAUGGGUUUGGUUAGCUCGGCUCAACUGGUAAAAUAUAUAGCAAUGAAUGCACGACCAACAACUGCAAGGUUCAUAUCACGUUCGCUUCCUCAAGGGUUGUCUAGGGGAUUCAUUGGCAGGAUGAUUGCAGAUCCUGCGUUUUUAUACCGGUUCCUCUUAGAGCAGGCCGCUACAAUUGGUUCCUCAGUUUUGUGGGAGGUUAAAAACCGUAAAGAAAGGAUAAAGGAGGAAUGGGAUCUUGCUCUGAUUAAUGUGCUUACUGUAACGGCAUGCAAUGCUGUUGUUGUUUGGUCCCUCGCUCCUUGCCGUUCAUACGGAAAUACUUUCCGCUUUGAUCUGCAAAAUACGUUACAAAAACUCCCAAACAAUGUGUUUGAAAAAAGCUACCCGAUGAGAGAAUUUGACAUGCAAAAACGAAUCCAAUCUUUCUUUUACAAGGCUGCAGAGUUGUGUAUGGUGGGUUUAACCGCAGGGGCAGCUCAAGGUGCCCUAACAAACCUUGUUGCCCGGAAAAAAGAGGGAAGAUUAUCUGUGACAAUUCCGCCUGUGAGUACCAACGCGCUUGGAUAUGGAGCGUUUCUUGGAAUUUACGCCAAUUUACGUUAUCAGCUUCUGUGCGGGUUUGAUAGAGCUAUGGUCACUCAAUUUGAUGUUAUUGGGGUAGGUUUGGCUUUCAGCACAGCCUUGAGAAUCAUGAAUGCACAAUUAGGAGAGACAUCAAGGUUAGCCUGGCUCGGUGUUGAGGUGGACCCAUUAGCCCACUCAGAUGACUUACUGAAACAAGCAUACAAUCGACCAUCUGAGACCGCCAACAACGCGUCUCCGAAAUGGUUCAUAUCCAAGAACCCUGUAACUUCAGGGCUCGGGCUCCUUGGGUUUAAGCAGGACCAAAGUCAAACCACCACAGAGGGAGGAUCACAACCACCACCACCACCCAAGGCCCGCAGAAAGAGAAUCGUGAGGAAAAAGGUGACAACCUGAGUGCACGGUCUGGUUGAGUCGACUCAGUUUUUGUACUCUUAUGGGAUACUGGUGGCUGACUAAUCAUCCUGGUGGAAAUGGGAAGCUUUAUGUUGACGAAACAGGAAUCAACUGAAAACCAGAAAUAUUUACGAUAGAAUCUGUGGAAUUUUUGCAGCUCUCAUUACGGCACGCUCUAGAUUUUUCUUUUAGUAACUGAGUUUUAAAGAAAUAAAGAUGGUUGAUUUAUGGUAGGAAAGAAACUCCCCUUUGAAUUUAUGAUUCACUAUCGAUUGUAUGGUGGAUCUGCAUACUGUUUUAA